AUGACCCUUCUCCCCAAUGCUGCCGCUCUCUGUAGGUGGCUGUGGAAAAACUACCAAUAUGUGCUGGCGUUCCGCUUUGCCAUCCAGGAGAUCAAUAAGGACCCCCAGAUACUCCCCAACCUGACCCUCAGUUUCCAACUCUACAAUUCUGUUACCAGUGGUCAGUUCACCCUGAGGAGCACUCUGCACUGCCUGACUGGAAAGCAUCAUCUCAUCCCUAACUACACCUGCCAGACACAAGGCAAGACGGUUGCCAUCAUUGCUGGAACCAUGUCAGCAUUUUCAGCUGAAACUGGAACAAUGUUGGAGCUGUACAAAACCCCACAGAUCACAUACGGCCCUUUUGAUCCUAUGCUAAGUGAGAGAGACAAGUUUCCAUCACUCUAUCAGAUGGCCAACAGUGACAGCUCUCUGGCCUGUGGAAUGCUCUCCUUGCUGCUACAUUUUGGCUGGAUUUGGGUGGUGAUCUUUGUAUCUAAUGACAUAAAAGGAGAGCACUUCCUUCGGGAAAUUCAAACCGAGAUGGUAAAGAAAGGUGUCUGCUUGGCCUAUUCAGUAAAGCUCCCGGACACUAAGUCAAGAUAUGAAGAAACUGAAAUAUCCUUCCUAGAAGGGCUUCGAAUUUCAUCUGCAAAUGUGUAUAUUCUAUAUGGUGAUGUGAGGAGCCUCUAUACCAUGGAAUUUCUUAGCAAAUACUAUUUAACCCUGGGGAAGGUAUGGAUCAUGGCUGCAAAGUGGGAGAUUGUUGUGAAAGAGACAGACCACAUGCUGCACUCUUUCCAUGGAGGCUUCUCAUUUUCACAGCACAAGGGGGAAAUCCCUGGCCUCAACCAUUUUGUCAAGACAGUGGACCCUUCCCACUACCCAGAAGAUUUCUUCCUCAGUCAACUAUGGCUUCAUGCUUUUCACUGCUUACCUCCUGGGUCACUUUGUGGAACAGUUGGAGUCUGCCCACCAAAUGCUUCCUUUGAGUUUUUCCCAGGGCACAUUGACAUGCUGACCAUAUCUGACUCCAGCUAUUUCAUCUACAAUGCUGUGUAUGCAGUGGCCCAUGCCCUCCAUAAGAUGCUUUCAGAGAAAAUAGAAAAGGGAUCUCCAGGAGAUGCAUCUCAACCUAGGAUUCUUCCAUGGCAGGUAAACAUCUCCCAGAACAGGACAUGCAUGAACACCUGUUCGCAUCCUCAGACUCCACAGUCUUUAUGUAGCCAGAGGUGUGGUCCAGGAUUCAGGAAAAUGCCACAGGAAGGAAGAGCUGUCUGCUGCUACAUUUGUGUUAUUUGUCCAAAGAGAGACAUUUCCAAUCAUACAGAUGCAGAGCAGUGCAUCCGGUGUGCAGAUCACGAGUACCCAAACCAGGAGAGAAACCACUGCCUCCCCAAGCUGGUGACCUUCUUAGCCUUUGAGGAUGCCCUGGGGAUGGCUCUGGCCUGCAUGGCUCUGUGCUUCUCUGUCCUCACAGCUGCGGUCCUCUGGGUCUUUGUGAAGCACCGAGACACUCCCAUAGUCAAGGCCAAUAACCGGACCCUCAGCUACAUCCUGCUCAUCGCCCUCCUCCUGUGCUUCCUCUGCUCCUUACUCUUCCUUGGCCGUCCCAACACAGCCACCUGCCUCCUCCAGCAAAUAACAUUUGGCCUUGUGUUCACAGUGGCUGUUUCCACCGUGCUGGCCAAGACCAUCACUGUGAUUCUGGCCUUCAAAGCUCUGAAACCUGGAAGAACUACCAGGCGAUUGCUGGUAUCAGGAGCUUCUAACUUCAUCAUCCCCAUCUGCUCCUUGAUCCAACUGGCUCUCUGUGGCAUCUGGCUUGGGACUUCUCCUCCAUUUAUUGAGUUAGAUGCCCAAUCUGAGCACAGCCACAUCAUCCUGGUGUGCAAUAAGGGUUCAGUCAAAGCCUUCUACUGUGUCCUGGGCUACCUGGGCUCCUUGGCCCUAGUGAGCUUCACUGUGGCUUUCCUAGCCAGGAAUCUGCCUGACACGUUCAAUGAAGCCAAGUUCCUGACGUUCAGCAUGCUGGUGUUCUGCAGUGUCUGGGUGACCUUCCUGCCUGUCUACCACAGCACCAAGGGGAAGGUCAUGGUGGCCGUGGAGGUCUUCUCCAUCUUGGCCUCCAGUGCAGGGCUCCUGGGGUGCAUCUUUGCUCCCAAGUGCUACAUUAUUCUCAUAAAACCUGAUAAAAAUUCUUUGAAAGCUUUAAAGAACCAAUGCAGUUCUAGGAGAUCCUGA